GACAUACUCCAUACUCCAUACAGGUACGUGCAGUAUGUGUAAGCGUAGCGUAGCCUGGCUAUAACUAGCAAUGAUCUCGUUUUUCAUGCUCUGUUAAUAUACGGCGUUCGAUUCGGCUGUAAUAUUGACACCGGUAUCGCUCUCGCUCUCGCUCUCGCUAUCGUUAAAACGCUGCUGCUUAUACGCUCGUCGCUCAAACUCGUACUCGUACUCGGCGAUUAUCGGCGACUCUUGGCAUUCGCAAUUCGCAUUAGUCGGCCGCAGACACUUCAGACAGUGGAGGUAGACCAGCAGCAGUCCAGUGAUAGUGAUAGCGAUAGCGACAGCGACUCUCUCGUCACAAUCGACGAUUGACGAUCGACGAUCGCAGACGUAGACGCAUCGCGUGCAUUUUGUGCUGCUACUGCUACUGCUACUGCUGCUGCUGCUGCUGCUGCUGCUGCUGCAGUUCGAGUGCAAUCCUCGUUACGUUGCGUUGCGUUGCGCUGUGUUGCGUUAUUUUUGCGGCGGUUUUGAUUUUUGUUAUUCUUGCGGUGCAGUGGUGGUUGUUCGUUACAUGUAACGUGUCAUUUUUAACGUACAACGUGUUACGUGUUGCGUGUUUUGCGCGGUGUUGUCGCGAAAUUUACCUUUUAUAAACUACGAGUGUACUUCGUAGGUCGAGCUAUCCCCUACAUUUUCAGCAUGUCUGCAAUUCUCAGGUUGAGUUUGCUGACGGUGACGAUAAUCUGCGGUGCAACGGUCGCUGCCUCCUCAAUUAAUCAAGAUGCAGGCGGCGGCGGCAGUGGUACCGCAGGCUUCGCCAUCGAAUCCGGUUUCAGAACUGUUUACAACAAUUACAAACAGUGCGAAGGCGAUCCCAACAUGCUGUCGUGUUUGAAAUUGAAAGCGCUCAAAUUAGUCGACAGGGCAUUAGCCAUCAACAAUAUUCCCAUUUCAGAAGGAAUUUCGUUGGCGAAACGAGAAGACCACCAAAGAUCGCUAGACGAGCACUGGUCCACGACGAAUAACGCUAUCGACGAAACGGCGGCGACGGCGGCGGCGGUCUUGCCGCAAGAAACGAAAGAGCCCAACGAAAAGUUGGACGAGCUGUUGUGGAAACGAGUCAAGCAAUUCGUCGAAAGCAGAUCGUUACAGCUCAGAGUGAACAAACUGCUGUUCGGAGACGAUUACGACUACGACUACGACGACAAGGACAACGAUAACGCAAACCUCACUCAUGACGCUUCGACGACUGGAACGACGACGACGACGGCGGCGGCGGCGCGAGGCAAAAAAGACAAAAAUAAAGGCAUGUACAUGUACAUGAUGAUGAUGAAGGGCGGUAUGAUGGCGCUAGCGUACAAGGGUUUGGCUUUGCUGGCCGGCAAAGCGUUGCUGGUGAGUAAAAUAGCGCUGACGUUGGCUCUGCUGGUGGCGAUUAAAAAGCUGUUCAGCGGCGGUCACCACUCGCAAAAGACCACCUACGAAAUAGUCAAAACGCCCAUCAUAACGCAUUCGCAUCAGUACUCGGGCGGCAACGCCGCGCAAAACGCGCACUACGCCAACGAUUUCACCGGAUACGAAGGCGGACCUUACGCGCGAAGUUUGGACGAAGCGCACUCGAUGGCCAGCCAACACCAACACCAACACCAAUACCACUACCAACAGCAACAGCAACCGCAAUCUCCGCACCGAAUAACCUUGAAAGCGGUCGACGCCAACGCUGAUGUUGCCGCCGAUGCCACCAACGUCGGGGCCGACAGCGACAGCGACACCGACAUCGACUCCAGGUACACCACGUCGCGUAUCGGCGCCACAGCGGCAGCCGCCGGCGCUGCCGCCGCCGCUGCCAACUCGGCUCAAGCGAGAAGUUUGAGUCAUUCGGACGAUUCGUUCGCCAUCUCGGCCCAACAAGCUCGACGAUUCAACGUACCCUACGCUCAUCUGGCAGCCUACAGCAGACAGCUAGCGCUAGCCAGAAGCAGCCCACGGCCAUACACCAACGACAACGACGACGCAAGUUCCACCAUUACGACUGCGACUGCGACCGCGACCGCGACCACGGUCAAAAGCGUCGCAACGGCCGCCAUCAACUAACCCAUCCUAUCCUAUCGUCGACCUGGAUUCCUUUCUUUAUCCACCGACAUACUCGAGUCAUUCGUUUCUGCAGCUUCACAAUCAGCGGCUGAACAUUGCGUACAGUACAUAUAACGUCCAUCGUCCAUCGUCCAUCGAGCAUCCAGAAACCAGUAUACGCAGCCGGCAGUUAUAUCUACUCGCAUCGCAUGCGCACCGGUGUUCGUUGGGCCAACUACCGCAGUCCGAUCUAAACCGACUAACAUUCUGGGGUCGGACACCUUGCCAGUUGCCACAACGGACAUGUUCGCUAAAGAAAAAAGCUCACUCCCAAUCACAUAGAUUUCAAAUCCGUCCUUUUAUUUCUUCAUUUUAUUUAAUCGUUUUUGUACGUAGGUAGUAGGUACUAGGCUCUACUAGCAGUGCGAAUGUUUUUUCAUUUUAUUGUAUACGAUAAUUAGUUCUUGUUUGUUUGUGUGUGUGUGUGUUUCAUUUAUUCAUUUAUUCAUUUAUUUAUUUAUUUAUUUAUUUAUUUAUUUAUUUAUUUAUUUCGUUGUUGUCAAUGUUGUCUGUUUGUUUCUUCUUCAAUUUACUUACCUUUUUGUUUGUUUGUUUGUUUGUUUGUUUAUUUAUUUGCAAUUUAUUCAUUCGUUGAUUAAAUUAUUUUGUUUAUUCGAAGUAUCUAAACGUUA